AUGGAACAAAAGACUGCACAUCUUAGUCCGGAGUCCGUACGAACGCCUCUUGUCGAUGUUAACAACAGAGUCAACAUUUGUCCCAGCCCAAGCUUGGUACAAGAGGAAGGAUCAAUGGGAGACCUCCAAUAUCUGAGCUCGCCACAGCCAAUGUCUAUAGUGACUAGCCCACCAGAACAGAGAGGAUAUGUGGAUAACAACUGUCUUUCGCCGACGGCAAACCCGAAGACUUCAUCUAAGCGGAACUCAACUUUGUCAGUGAAGUCGAUCAUUUCAAACCAAGGAAAGCGCAAAACCCAUAUCGGACCAUGGCAACUUGGAAAGAAUCUUGGGGAAGGCACGACAGGUCGGGUGCGACUAGCUAAGCAUAAGUUGACCGGGCAAUCUGCGGCAAUUAAGAUAGUGUCGAAGACGUCUGCAGCGAUGACCCAGAGUGUCAGUAUUGCAGCAAUGGACAAGAAUAGAGGGCUUCGCGGUAAAUCAGGGGUCAGGCAAAUGCCAUCUGGUAUCGAGCGGGAGGUUGUUAUCAUGAAACUUAUUGAACACCCAAACGUCGUCCGUUUGUACGAUGUGUGGGAAAAUAGAGGUGAAAUAUAUCUUGUACUCGAAUACGUUGAGGGUGGGGAGUUGUUCCACUACAUCACAGAAAAUGGACCACUUAAAGAAUCCGAAGCAGUGAAGUUGCUCCGGCAGAUCCUUGCUGGCCUUGGAUACUGCCAUCGCUUCGGUAUCUGCCACCGAGAUUUGAAGCCGGAAAAUAUUCUUUUGGAUUCGCAGGGCAACGUGAAACUUGCUGACUUUGGAAUGGCCGCUCUUCAACCGGCGGGUUAUUGGCUUAAAACAUCAUGCGGAAGUCCGCAUUAUGCUGCCCCAGAAAUCGUUAGAGGUGAUAAUUACCGCGGCGAUAUGGCUGAUGUAUGGAGCUGUGGUAUUAUCCUAUUUGCACUACUAACCAGUUAUUUGCCCUUUGAUGGCCACGACCUAAGUAGCACAUUAAAGUUGGUGAAAACAGCUAAGGUCGAGAUUCCACCAGAGGUGAGCUAUGAAGCGGCGGAUCUCAUUCACAAGAUCCUUCAGAAAAAGCCAGAGAAACGGAUCACUAUGGCGGAAAUUUGGAAGCAUCCUCUUUUGAGGAGAUACGAAGGCUUAGACCCAGUAAGGACUAAUCCUUGUAUAGGCCCUGCACCUUCGUGGUCUGUGCAGGAGUGUGGACCGCGCAUUAGCAGACAUGAACUUGGGUCGGAGUCUGAUAUAUUAAGGAACCUCCAAACAUUAUGGCACGACGUGGAAAAGGAGGUCUUGAUUGAAAGGUUACUGGACCCAGAACCGAAUCUCGAGAGAAUGUUUUACAAUGCUCUAGUCAGGUUUAGAGAUGAGCAUUUGGAGAGCUGGCCAGGCCAGUCUCUUGAGUACUCAGCCAGUGACUAUCACCACAUGUCCAAGGAUUCAAAUGAAGCCUUCAGCCAACGGGAUAAUCGCCGCUCUAGAGGAUCCCGACGACGUGGACAAGUCCCCAUGGGCAAAGCCGCUCAAUUAAGAAACAAUACUAUUCAAGAGCCAAAAUCCUGCGCAACCGUUGGUAGCUAUGAUCCCUUCCGCUCACCAUGUCAUGUUGUGUCAGAAAAAGAAGCAUAUACCCAUAUCACAAUCCAUAGGGACCUUUUGGACAAUGCAGGCAAGAGGGAAGAUUAUGAUAGAAUUGCGGAGCCAAGCGUCAUAUCUGAAGAAGAUUUUGGAGAUCAAACUCCAUGCCCUCCAAGCUCUCCUUUUGCAAUUGUACAGAACAAGAAAAAGCCGAGCUCUCUGAAGUCUUUCCACUCAAGAACCUCACAUGCCGGCAACCGACGGCAACUCAACGGUAUGACAGCGCCUCGUUCUGCAAGCUACAAGCGUAAUGUUUGCUUCCGCCACAUGAGAAACCGUUCACAAGGCUCAACAACUGCAAUAAAAAUGAAGGGUGCCACUACAAAUGUCCCAGAGAAGGACAUGAGCGAGAAUAGUCUGGUAUCUAUAGACGCUGGCCCCUUCGUUGAUCGGGAAAACAGCCCGCUGUUGCCUGCCCAACCAGCUGUGGUACGAAGGCCUGGAGUUGCGUUGAGGGCGUGUGCCCCUCAGAAGAAGGUGCGCGAGUCUGACUUUAUCUGGAAGGAUGAUACACGCCAGGUGUCGCAUGAACUUAGCCAAAUCUGCGAGGAGGCCUUUAAUCGCGGGUCACUGUCAACAGGCUGCACGACAACAAGUACAUGCAUGAGUGCAGAGACCCCCGCGACAUCCGUGUCUAUGGCUAGUCCUGAAGUAUCACAUAGUCGUAUUGCUACUAGCAAUUCAAGAGCUCCGGUGACACCGUCGCCAAGAUCCUUUACUGCUGCAGAGUUGACUGAAACGCGGCGCAAACUCAUUGCCCAUUCCACCCAGGACGGCACCGAGGGCGUACCUGGAAACCUUGUGGCUGUGAUCAAGCACCUUGAUCGUCUCAUCGAGCAAGAUAAGGCCCGGCAGCGUGAGCAGCUCUUCACUCCUGAGCGUGCUAAUGAACCAGCAGCACAACCCAGCGAACAAUCAUGGGAUGUCGGUGGCCUGCCAAAAAUAUCAGAAGAGCUUCAUAACCGACAAAGCAAUGGAGGAGGGAAAUAUAAGCCUUAUCGACCUGGUGCAAUAACGAGCACUGGCACUAACACAGGUUGCCUUAGCCGGAAUGGCAUAGGAACUAUCCGAAUGGUCCCUCAAAGUUCUGUGCCUUCCUUAGAAACUAUUCAACCUCUAACAAUUCGCAAGAAAAGCGAAGAACCAUCUACUGAUGAUAAUCAAGAGCCAUUUACGGAUGGCUCCAACGAGGAAGAUCUUGCACCUUGGAGAUAUUCUUCCUUGAACUCCUUCCACCCCCGUCAACCUUGUGAGCUUGACCCUAUUGCAGAAAUCCCGCCAAAGUCAGAGAAGCGCAACGCAGCGCGGCAUGCCGACAACAAGAAGUGGUCGUGGUUACCCAUCAAGUACCAACCACCUGCAGAAACUGCAUACAAGAAUCUGAAACCACUACACCCAGUCGACAGAACUGUUACUGUGCAUCCUUUUGCAGACAGCUCCAACAACCAGCCGGAGACCCCAGGAGGAAAGACCAAAGGAGGCUUCUUCAGAAAAUUCAUGAAAGGUAAAGCAAGUAACCGUAAGCACCCGACAACAGACACUCAAAUGACAGACACAACACCCACACUCAGAAACUCCAUUGAACAUACUCGCUUGUUCACCCCUGCCACCAAGGCCCUCGCACUCAACACCUCCAAAAUGAAAGGCAGAAAGGAAGUGCAUAAGAUCCUCCGGGAAUGGAAGCCCUAUGGUAUGAACGUCCAUUACGAUAAAGCCGACGGCAUAAUCCACGGGAAAGUCUCCAGAUCCAAUUUCCGCCAGAUUCGCCCUGUCGCAUUUUCUGCCGAGUUCUACACCGUCCUCGAAGACGGCCGACGAGGCAACCUUAGUCUGGUCCGAUUCAAGCAAGAAAGAGGCGCAGUCUCAUCCUUCAACCAGGUCAUCGAUACCCUGGACAUGGUCAUGAAGCAGCGCGGCCUGCUAGUGGAAGACUCAGUUCGUGCGGAGCAGAUGAUGAAGGUCCUGGAUAAAUACCAGGAUCCUCAAGGUAAAUGA